GCUGCAGCCACUGCCGCCGAUUCCGGAUCUCAUUGCCGCGUGUCCCGGACGACCGCCUGACGUGCAUUCCCGAUUCCUUUUGGUUCCAAGUCCAACAUGGCAACUCUCAAGGAUCAGCUGAUUCAUAAUCUUCUAAAGGAAGAACAGACUCCCCAGAAUAAGAUUGCAGUUGUUGGGGUUGGUGCUGUUGGCAUGGCCUGUGCCAUCAGUGUCUUAAUGAAGGACUUGGCAGAUGAACUUGCUCUUGUUGAUGUCAUCGAAGACAAAUUGAAGGGAGAGAUGAUGGAUCUCCAACAUGGCAGCCUUUUCCUUAGAACACCAAAGAUUGUCUCUGGGAAAGACUAUAGUGUAACUGCAAACUCCAAGCUGGUCAUUAUCACGGCUGGGGCACGUCAACAAGAGGGAGAAAGCCGUCUUAAUUUGGUCCAGCGUAACGUGAACAUCUUUAAAUUCAUCGUUCCUAAUGUUGUAAAAUAUAGCCCGAACUGCAAGUUGCUUAUUGUUUCCAAUCCAGUGGAUAUCUUGACCUACGUGGCUUGGAAGAUAAGUGGUUUUCCCAAAAACCGUGUUAUUGGAAGUGGUUGCAAUCUGGAUUCAGCCAGAUUCCGUUACCUGAUGGGGGAAAGGCUGGGAGUUCACCCAUUAAGCUGUCAUGGGUGGGUCCUUGGGGAACAUGGAGAUUCCAGGGUGCCUGUAUGGAGUGGAAUGAAUGUUGCUGGUGUCUCCCUGAAGACUCUGCACCCAGAUUUAGGGACUGAUAAAGAUAAGGAACAGUGGAAAGAGGUUCACAAGCAGGUGGUUGAGAGUGCUUAUGAGGUGAUCAAACUCAAAGGCUACACAUCGUGGGCCAUUGGACUCUCUGUAGCAGAUUUGGCAGAGAGUAUAAUGAAGAAUCUUAGGCGAGUGCACCCAGUUUCCACCAUGAUUAAGGGUCUCUAUGGAAUAAAGGAUGAUGUCUUCCUUAGUGUUCCUUGCAUUUUGGGACAGAAUGGAAUCUCAGACCUUGUGAAGGUGACUCUGACUCCUGAGGAAGAGGCCCGUUUGAAGAAGAGUGCAGAUACACUUUGGGGAAUCCAAAAAGAGCUGCAAUUUUAAAGUCUUCUGAUGUCAUAGCAUUUCACUGUCUAGGCUACAACAGGAUUCUAGUUGGAGGUUGUGCAUGUUGUCCUUUUUAUCUGAUCUGUAAUUAAAGCAGUAAUAUUU